AUGGCACUUAGUUAUACUCAAGACUCAGAAGAUCAGUACACUGAGGAUAGUGAUGAGUUUGAGGAAGAAGAAAUGAAUUAUUGGCUUCAACGAUGCUCUAUCUGUUUCGACGCUCGUCUUGAGUUGUGCUUAGAGCUCUGUAGAGACCAGUUCUGUCAGGAAUGCUUCGGAUUGUAUGUUACCGAAGUUGUAAAGUCUUCUUGGGGACUAGGAGUUACUCAAAUACAAUGCCCUGUCUGCCAACGUACGGUCCCCAAGUCAGAAUGGAGCAAAUAUGUGUCUCCGGCUGUACUAGAACACUACAACAAAUUCAAUCAACCCUACCGCAGCUACACCCGUGCUUGUCCCUGUUGCGAGACUGAAAACAAGCCUCUUGACUACACGAAAAGGAACAAGGAUGUAAAUCAUCUUUAUGCAUCAUAUAAACUUCUUAAAGACAGCCUUGGUAGCUGCACUCAAGAAGGUCACACGGAACAUCCAAGCCAUGAGGACAUUAGGCAUGCCACAUGGAUGAUUGAAAACCCGUCUUGGUCACAGAAUAACACAUUACCAGAGAUAUAUGAGCAUCUGCUCAAUGCCAUCAAGAAGUUUGACCUGCAUCAUCCUCACCUGCCUUCCGUGGGCACUACUAUAGCCGAGCAUUUGUGUCAAACAAACAUGAGCUCCGAUACCUGGCGCACAAUUCAAUUCACUCACAUCCGAAAUUUCCCAGAUAUUACAUGCUCAAAGUGCAAUACAGACUUCUGCUUACAAUGUGGUGAAGAUAAGCACGCGAGCCAGUCGUGUGAGGAUAACAUGAGAAAUAAGUUGGAAGACAGCCAAUUAUCGGUAGAUCUAGCCAAGACAAUUGAAUGGAAGCUGGAAAAUAGUCGGCGCUGCCCAAAUUGUUCAAUCAUGAUUCACAGAGACGAAGGAUGUAAUAAGGUCGAUUGUUCCUUAUGUGGCUUUAGUUUUUGUUGGAUGUGCCAGUUACCGUGGUCACCAGAUUGUGGCUUCUACCGCUGCUCAUCUUCGCCAGACUCCCAAAUAAUGGAGAAGGCUGGGAUUGCUCAUACAAAGGCCGAAUUGGGUGUACCCAAUGUCCAUGCCUUGCGACAGAGGAGCAUUUACUAA